UUUAUGUACUCUGUGAUAAUAAAUACAGCGUGUGUGGCACUUUCACUCCAGUGAUUUGCUCUGCACGCCAGCAAUUUCAGUAGCCUCAAAUCUAUCAAUGUUCUUCCUCAAUGUGAUGGCAAUAGCUUGGUUUCAGCUGUGACCUUUAUGGGGAUAGUUUCUUUGUUUGGGUCUCCUGCCUCUUGCUCCAUGAUGAGAAAAGGUUGACAGAGGUCAGAGUCCUCAGCCAAGGACACACUUUAUUGGCACAGCAGAACAGAUGGGUUGGGGGAAUCUUAUCUCCAAUCAUAUCCAAUGAACUUUCUUAAGUUUAAAUGUAUAAGUAAAUAUAUUCCAUGUCCAAGGUAGACUGCCAUGUUUAUAUGGUUGAGUGAGUGUUAUGUAAUUGAAGGAACAGAGAUGUUUUAAGUAAGCUUCAUUAGGUCUUUUAGCAAGUCAUUAACAAACACAUAUGAUUGCAUGCACACACACACAGAUGGGUGAUGUGACUGAUUUAAAUAUCCUGAACAGCUUUUGUUAGUCUUAAAGCAGAUGCCAAGAGUUAUAACACUAAGCGUGAUCACCUCCUCUCUCCUUUCCUACUGUGUCGGUGGAUUUAUUUGGGGCUAGGUGCCUUUGUGUUGAGCCCUAUGCAAGGCACGGUUGUCUCUGUGGAAUCCUUCGGUCUAAAACAGGGGCUUUUCUGUUCGCACUGACAAGAGCUUAAUCCUCUCACAGCUGUGACUGUUCCUCUCCAGAUGUUCAGCUGUCUUAGUGGGAACUCUGAUGCUCGGAUGAGGAUUUGAAGAUCCACAACGCGGGACUUCUCUCUCGUUUGUAAUCAGAUGAAAGAAGAGAUUAUCCUGAGGCAGCCUCCAUCUUUUUUUUCUUUAUUGCCGGGAGGAGAGAAGGAGGACGGUGGUGAAGGAGGAGACUUGACCAGGGGUGGGUGGGGUUUGCCGAGGCGAACGAGUGACUGAGUGUGUGAGUGUUCGUGUUCGUGUGCGUGCGUAAGUGUAUCUGUGUGUGUGUGUGUGUGUGUGUGUGUGAGAGAGAGAAACAAGACGAAAGAGAGAAACAAGACGAAAAAGAGAGAGAGAGAGAGAGAGAGAGAGAGAGAGGAGAGGAGAAAGGGGGGUCACCUGUGGAUGAGCUGGAGGGAGCAGAGACCGUCUGCUCUCCACCUUUUCAAGGUCCGCUCUGAUGCACACACUGGGAAGGCUGGGAGAUGACUGAACUCCGACAUUAGUAGGAAACGGCAAGGUGAGCAGGAGAGACCGGCCUGGAGAGGAGAGGAAGAAGAGAAACAGAUCAAAAGAAGAGAGAGAGAGAGAAGAGAAAACAAGAGGCAAAGGGGAAGACACAUUCCUUACUCUUUUCCUUCCUAAGGUGCCCUAUGGCAGAAAGAGAGUGUCCUGAGUCAGAGCAUUACCCAUCCGGGGCUUCCUCCCCAGCAGAUCCCAGGGUCACCACAGACGCUCUGUCCCUAUCCAAGAGCUCCACAGACAUGGUGACAUCUCCCCAUCAACUGGACAAGGCCAACCAGGGCCCGACCGGCGCCGGUUCCUUGCCAACAGACGCCCAGAACGGCGGCAAGCAGACUCUUCGAGUUGGUGCCCACAGCGCUGAAAGCACCCCUGAUCACCCAGUGGUCCGUAACGCGGGGAGACCGCGCAGCAUGGCAGAGCCGCACACAGGGAUGGAAGCACUGCCGCUGUUGGAGGGGGACCUGAACCACCACCACUACCAGCACCAGCUGCCCCAGCAUCACCAGCACCAUGGCGCCCCCUGCUGUGGGGACAGAGGACUGGGCUCCUCCUGCUCCCAGAGGGACCUUAGCGGGCACAGACUGGCCCCCGCCGCCCUGCCCGUGCAGCGGAGCCACUCGGACACGCUGCGUGCUCUGCGGGAGAGUCCCGUCCCGCACCCCCACUGUGAAUCCACCGCUUCGCCAUCUCACCCAGCUCACCUGGCCCAUGAAGCCCACUGCUAUGGUCAGCAGCCAUGCCCGGGCCUGGUGUGCAAGCAGGCUCUGCAGCUGCAGCAGAGUGGGAGUCUCACCACCUCAGCUAGGGGCCCCAGCCCCACGCCGCAGCUCCAGCCUCAACCCCAGCACGGCUGCGUCCCCGUGGUGCCGUCCAACACGCCCUGCGAGGGGGCCGCAGAGUCCUGGCACCCGCACUACGAAGAGGCGGUGUGCUGCGGCCCGUACGGCGUGGCCAUGGUGCCCGGGGCGAUGGAGGAAACGCUGGCCGCCUACUGCCACCACCAGCCCAUCCCCUCCGCCGUGCAGCUGCUGCCGGUGCCGGCACCGCGGGGUCUGCCGGGCGCCGAGGCCCAGAUGCUCGCCCUGCCGCGCCUCAUCUCCUCCAUCAGCGAGACGGGCCUGGACGCCAAGCGCAUGCUGCGCUGCUGCAACCUGGACUGCACCUGGCCCAACGCCCCGGCCCUGCACCGCGCCGGCAGCCAGCCGCACGUGGGCGACGAGGGCCACCACCUCGUUCUGACCACUGCCACCGCCGUCGCCACUAGGGAUGCGGGCACCAUGACGUCCCGCACGGAGCUGAGGGACGUGGGGGUGCAGGCGGAGCAGGUGGCCAAGACGCCUCCGCCGCUCCACAUGUACCCCGAGGUGUGCUUGGCGGACGACGACGGGGCCGUGAACGGGGAGCCAGCCGCGGGCAAGAGCGGCGCCGUCCAGUCCAAGUCGCCUGUGAAGGAGGUGAAGUGGGACGCGGAGGGCAUGACCUGGGAGGUGUACGGCGCCUCGGUGGACCCCGAGGAGCUGGGCCUGGCCAUCCAGAAACACCUGGAGCUGCAGAUCAAGGAGACGGCCAGCCGCGCCGCCAAGCUCUCCCGCCAGAACACCAGCGCCUCGCAGGGCACUGCCGGCACAGGGACCGGAACAGGAACCGGAACAGGGACCGGCAGCGAUAGCGCCGUCCGGCGCAGGAAGAGAGGGGGACUCAUGGGAUCCCUACGAGGGUCGCUGACGGGCCCGGGGUGCUGUACGCGCACCACCAAUGCCGUGGACUGAGGAGGGGACUCUUCUAUUAGACAGUUGUACAGGCAAAGUGGUAGGACAUUUUGUAAACAUGUAACCUCACAAAAUACAUGUACACAGUCACACAAAAACACACUAAAAGCUUGUUUGGAAAGCAUUUGAUUUAGCUGGAUGAAACACUGCUACAUUUAACAGGACUGUUAUAAGAUGAAAAUUACAUUACGUCACAUAUGGAAAAAUAUGAUGGAUUAAUUUUUUUGGAGUAGCCAAUAGCUCACUGAAUUGGUAAGAAGGAGGGUAACUUUGGCUACGACAUGUGCCUGUUUUCCUUAGUUUUAUGCUACCACACUUAGACAACAGGUUGUCACAAAGGGCUAUUGAUGCGACAUACAGGUAAAGGUAUUUGUCAUUGUCCUUGCAGUUUCCAGAUAAAAACACAAUGUGUGAAAUUUAGGGAUGCACGAUAUAUCAGCGGCCGAUAUAUUAUUGGCCGAUAAGUGAAAAAAUGAAAAUAUUAUUAUCAGUCCGAUAACAGAAUUCUGGCCGAUAAUUUGCGCCGAUAUUUUUUA